AUGCCGCCUCCCGUGAGGAAGGCAGCCAGUAAGUUGGAAUUUUUAGGGGUGCCACAAAAAAUUUUGUAUUUUCUAUUUUUGGCAAAAAAUUUUUGUCUCGAUUUUGAAGUAAAUAAUUUGAAGAAAACUAACUCAGAGAGGGAUUUCUGAGAUUUUUAGCAGAAAAAUAAAGGUUUUCGGAUCAAACAUACUAAAAAAUACAAAAAGAAUUGAUACUCUCUGGUUCAAAAAUUAUUUAUAUAACAUCUUUUGCAAAGCACCAACCAAAAUUCUUUCUUUUUUAUUUUUUAAAAGCUUUUUUCGCUAUUUUCGAUCUUAAAAUUUAUUCAUCUUGCAGAAGGUGCCAAAGGUAAAAAAGCAAGAACGCGACGAGGCGGCACUCGAACUCGGGCAAACAAGAAAGCCAGCGAGAAAACGAGCACUUCGAUGGAUGAUGAGGGCACGAAAAGUUACGUAGUAACACCACAGAUAAUUAUCACCAAUUUGCUGGGCAACGAUGUCAAGAAGAAAGUGAACACCGACAUUGAGAAUAAUGUGCUGAGAUGGUAGGAUUUUUGGAAGCAAUUUUGCUUGUGUCUUGAUGUUAAUUUUUUUAAUCGGAAUUUUUAUUUACAGCGGAAGUACUCCAAGUGGGACGCUCAGGUUUUGAUGAAACUUGGCACAAAUUUAGAAUAAUUUUUUCUAAGAUAUGUGCGAGAAUCCUAGCUCGCGCUUUGCAGAAACAACCGAGAUUUUCAGAUCGAAAGUGGGCGAAAUUUUAGGACUUUUUGCCGAAUUUCGGCACGAAAAGUUUCAUGCCUAUUUCAACCGUAAAGGAUAAUGUUCCUACAAAGAAUCAACUUUUUCCGAAAGAAACUAGCAAAGUUGCGGCCAAAAAGCGGUUUUCUUUCUGACGCUCUCCACGUUUAGCGUACUCUCUCGGCGGCAAAAAUCGUUCGAUAUCUCGGCGGCGCCCGCAAAGCGCGAGCUAGAACUUUCAGUAAUUAAUAUUUAGCCCAUACCCGACGUGUGUGCAAAAUUUAAAGAAAAUCUGAGCGUCGCACUUGGGGUACUUCCCUUGUUAGCCUCAGGCUUAGGCAGGCUAGGCUUAGUUUAGCGCUUAGGCUGUUUUUCAGUUUUUGCUAGAAAAAGAAAGUUUUUCCAAAAUUAUUUAAUUUUUGUUAUUUUUAUUUAAUUUUUGUUAUUUUUUUUUUAUAUUUUUUGCGAAUUUUCAAGAUUUUUUACCUACCUAAUUUUCUAUUUUUAGGCUUUUUCGAACCUGUGUUGAGAAAGGAGUUGCCGGCCUCCGCGCCGAAUUCAACGCUUUUAAGCGGACCGUUGAUCCGAGCGCCUGCCAAGCCUUCAACGCCAUCCCCCAGGGCACCAAGAACCGUUACCGGGAUGUUGUUUGUCUUGACUCUUCGCGGGUUGUCCUCAAAGGCGCAAAAGGAAGUGAUUACAUUCACGCGAAUUACGUGUCAAGUCCGCUCAGCGACCGCCGUUUCAUCUGCACGCAGGGCCCGAACGAACAAACUUGCGGCGACUUUUGGCGAAUGGUCUAUCAAGAACAGUGCAUGACUAUCUUUAUGUUGUGCAAUUACAUAGAGAAGGGGAUGAAGAAGUGCGCGGAUUACUUGCCGACCACUGAGAGCCAGGAAAUGAAUUUUGAGGAGUUCAAUCUUAUUUGUAGAAGCUCGAAGUUGGUAGGUUUGGUGGGGAGGUUGGGAAAAUAUAGUCGAAAUAUCAGAAAAAAUUACUUGAGGGUAUACGGUAUCACAUAAAAAAAAAUUUUUGAAGAAAAAAAUUUGACAAUUUUUUUCAAGUUUGGCAAAAAUUAGGACCAGAAGAUCCAAAGAUAAACAUUUGCGAAAUUUUUGUUUCUCCCGUUUUGCAGAAACAGCCGGGAUUUUUUGCUCGAAAAAGAAAAAAAUUGAAACCUUUUGUGAUUUUUUGCGCAGAAAAUUGACAUUCCGUCUCUUUUUUUUCAGCUCGACCUCCCCAAGGAGUAUUGUCACCCUUCCACCAAGAUCCAAAUCACCACUCUUCAGCUUUCAAUCGGGAAAUCGGAUAAAGUCAUGCAUGUGGACCACUAUCAUUGGCAAGAUUGGCCGGACCGUGGAGUGCCGCCGGCCGACCUGACGCCGGUUUAUUUGAUGCAGUGUGUGCGAAUGAUCAAGACCCCGAUUGUGAUCCACUGUUCGGCGGGAAUUGGACGGACCGGCUCGGUCUGCAUGAUCCAAGGGAUUCUCGAGUUUUUCCAGUGCGGAGCGCCGUUCGAGCGAAGCGACGAAAUCUUGUUGAAGAUCCGGGAACAGCGAGCUUUGAGCAUUCAGGUAUUUUGAGAGGUUUUUUCGAUGUCUUGAAGGGGAAAAUGGCGUGGUCGAAAAGUUGCAAAUCGAAGAAAAUUAGUUUAAAAUCGACCAAUCUUUUUAUAAAAAAUCGACCAAGAUGUUAAAUUUUUCUUUUCAGAAUGACAUCCAGUACCUUUUUGUGCACCGCGUCCUCCUCGAAUACUUCCAAAAAAUGGGUCUUUUGGAGGGCCGAGGCGCGCAGAUCGAGAAACACAUCAAGAAGUUCAUUGUUGAAUACGACGCCGCCACAGCAAUGUAA